CACGCCAAUCCCAACACUAAAAGUCUAACAGUUUUUGAAUUUGGAACAUUAAACGACAAAAUGGGCUUCCAGUACGAAUGUUUCGUUUGGAUUUUGCUUUUGGUCGUAGCAAAUGGUCGGUAUGAGGAGAUUGGGGAACAUCUUAGUCCUAACGGAGACUGCACAAAAAGAACAUGUGAUGCAUCAAACGCAUCAGCUGCCAUAAACGGUUCUAAAUGUUCUACUGAAAGCAUCGGGUGUGGCAAACAGCUAGCUUGCGACGGGAAACUGUUUGACAGUAUCCCAGAGGAAUACCCCAAUAUCUCUGAUCCUAUAUGUUCUCUUAACCUGAGUAAUAAUGCGAUUUCGAAUAUUCCAAACAAAGCCUUCAGUCUAACUAGCUUACAGUUAGAAUAUAUUUUAUACCUGUACUUAGAUGAUAACAUGAUACAGUUCAUAUGUCCCGAAGGAUUCUAUGGACUUACGAAUCUUAAGUUUCUUAGCCUCUCUGCAAACAUACAACUAACAUGGCCGGACAGUUUUAUGAACGGAAUUUUCGCACCGAUGGUUAGAUUGGAAUCAUUAAAUUUACAAGGCUCAAAAUUCAAUAACUUCACAGGAUUGGGUAAAGAAAUGAAAAUGCUGAAGAAUCUGAGAAAUUUGUCCUUGAGUCCAUCAUCUGGAAUUGGACAUUAUUUCUUUGAGAAGGAGUUUUUGGAACUGAAGAAUCUUACGAACAUCAGUUUUUACGAUAUGCCGGGUGAUUGCAAGAUCUACAAUAUAAGUGACAAUGCAUUCGAGAACGUCCCAUAUGUAAAAGUUCUUAAUCUCGCUAAUUGUCAUAUCAAAACAAUCAGUCGACAAGCAUUGAAACCUCUGAACAGUUCUCUUCGUGAACUUCAUCUAUCGCAUAACGACGAGCUCGAGUUUUCAGGAAUGAACGACGCAUUGGCUGGCUUGGAGAAUUCCACUGCAUUGAUUAGAUUAAGAGCCAAUCAGAUACACCAGUUCCUUGGUAUAGGUAUGACAUUGAAAGUAGGCGACAUCCAAUACCUAAAAACACUUAAAGCACUAGCACAUUUGUUUUUGGAUCUAAACAAAAUCGAGAUUAUUGACAAGCAAAUACUACAUCCAACGUAUAUGCUUCCGCGGUCACUCAGAACGUUAACCCUGGCUGGAAACAGACUAGUAGCUGAUGAAUAUAUGAAUUACAUGUACAAAAUCACAAACAUCACAUUUCUCGAUAUUUCAAGGCAGCAUCUUAAUUACAACCCAUUUUCGUUAUAUGCAGUACCGAAUGGAGUUCAAACGACACGUUUAGUUGAUGUCAACUCUUUUAUUGACAAUACAACUCAAACAAUAAAUGUGAAUGAAGACUUUGUUAAAUUAUUUUACAGUGAAAUGGCGACGUCAGAUUGGGGAGAUAUCUACGAAAAAGGAUUUUUCGAGUUUACAUUAGACUGUACAUGCAACCAUACAUGGGCAUCGAAAAAAAACCUUGGACUUAUAUUCAUUCCACCCGAUAUUAAAACAAUUAAAUGGAGCAACAGCCAUAUAUAUACCCAAAUUUAUCCAUUGAUUUUGUGCGUUACUAAAGCGUUGUCAUCCCUAGAUCUUUCCAGAAACAUACUUUACAAGUGGAAAGGACCCAUAUUAGGAUUACAACAUUUAAAAAAGUUAGAUUUAUCAGACAAUUAUUGUAGUAAGAUAAGUGAUUGGUUUUUCAUCGGAUUUACAGAAUUGGAAGAUUUGAACAUAUCCAAAAACAAUCUCACGAGCAAUUUCAAACCUGGAUCUCCAAAUUAUAAUGCCGACAAGCUGUUUACAAAUUUGAAGAACUUGAGAAAACUUGACAUGUCAGAAAUUAGAAUAACCACCCUGUCAAAGUUCGUUUUCCAAAACUUAAUAUUUCUAGAGAGUUUGGUGCUCGAUAACAACUAUCUUAAAGUAUUGUCUUUCGAGCUGAAGAGCAAUAACUUUCAAUGGCUCUCCAUAGCAGGAAUCAAGCUCACAUUUCUGCCUGAAGCCAUUACUCAUUAUUUGGACGUGCAAGCAACGAAACAUAAUGUUAUUUUGAACAUGCCCUUUCUAGGUCUAGAAUGCUCGUGCGAGCAGCUGCCGUUCUGGAAAUGGUUGAAUACGACCAAAGUAACCAUCAAAGUUCAUAACGGCGAUCGAUGCAUGCUGAAUGGGAAGCCACAACGUCUUGAAAAUCAUUCUGAUUAUUUAAAAGUUGUAAACACAUUGGAACACGUUGAAUGCAUAGACCGAACAUGGGUAGCUUGGGCCAUAUCUGGAAGCAGUGCACUCGUUGCCGUAGUGUUAACACUAAUCAUAAGCACCAUUGUAUACCGAAAUCGAUGGAAACUGCGGUAUGUUUAUUAUAGCAGAAAGCGUCGAUAUGUGCAUACAGGAUUUGAUCGCUUGUUUUCAAAUGACGCCAUGAUUUCUUACGCCAAGGGAAAGGCAAGCUUUAUCAAGAACUCCGUCGUACCUUCGCUGCAGGACACCCAUGAUCUCUCGCUUUGGAUACAUGACAGAGAUUCAGCUGCGGGUGAAUCUGUUGCCGAGAAUAUUAUACAUGCAAUCUGUACAAGUCGCAAAACCGUUCUCUUCAUUGACAAAGAAUAUCUUGCUGACUCGUGGUGCAAGUAUGACAUGAACAUUGCUGUGUUGGAAUCUGUGGAAACCACAAGAAAGCUGAUUAUUGUUGUUCGGAUGGAUGGACUAAAUGCGGAUCAAAUGCCAAUUCCAGUUCUUAGGCUGCUGCGAAAUGAACGGUCGCUGGAUUAUCCAGACUCUGAGAACGACAGUGAGCUUGAGACUUUCUGGAAUAAGCUUGCCAUUGAAAUAAGAAAAAUAGAUUAAUUCAUGUCGAUAUGGUGGUGUACAUAUAUAAUAAAACUCGCAAUCAUGAUAUAUGACAGUUAUUUGGUUCAGUUGUGGACAAGCCAUAUGAAUACUUGUAAAUAGUGCGUAAGCAAAUUAUUCCGAUUUUCAACCAUUUUAUUACAAGCUUUUACACUUUGUGAACAACAAAUAAAUUCCAAAAAUGUG